AACAACCGAGCCAUCGUUGUGCACUUUAUUAUCAGCGUAUAAGUUGGGCUUCCACAUACCGCUUUCUCUUUCUGCUUUCGUACGAGGAGGAAGAACUAGUAUUGAGAAAAUCUAUCUUCUUUUAUCGCAAGCUUUUACAGAGAGAGGACAAUGACUCAAGAUGUGGAGAUGAAGGAACCCCCUGCCCCUUCCAACUCCGUUUCUUCUGCUGCUUCGCCUGUUCUUCAGCAUCUGAAGGAGAUUGCCACCCUAAUUGAGACUGGGGCUUUUACAAAGGAGGUUCGAAGAGUUUUGCGUGCUGUUCGCCACACUAUUGCAUUGAGGCGCAAGCUUAAAGCGCCUGUGCUCUCUUCCUUUCUUCACUCUGUUCUGGCACCUGGGUCUGAGGUUUUUGUGCGGUUGACCUCGUAUCUCCCCAAGGAUGAUGAGCAUGAUAUGGAAGUGGAUACUGCCUCUUCCGGGACUCAAGCUCCUGGCAAGUAUUCAUUGCCGGAGCUAGAGAUCUAUUGCUACCUGUUGGUGUUGAUUUUCUUGAUUGACCAGAAGAGAUAUAAUGAGGCAAAAUCUUGCUCGUCUGCUGCAAUCACUCGGGUGAAGCAGCUAAACCGAAGAACCAUCGAUGUUUUGGCUGCCAGACUCUACUUUUAUUACUCGUACAGCUAUGAGUUAACUGACAGUCUGGGUGAAAUUCGUGGAACCCUUUUGGCUUUGCAUCGCACAGCGACAAUGCGCCAUGAUGAGCUUGGCCAGGAAACUCUUCUGAAUCUACUUCUCAGAAAUUAUUUGCACUACAAUUUGUACGACCAGGCAGAGAAGCUGCGCUCAAAAGCCCCACGAUUCGAGGCCCACUCGAACCAACAGUUCUGCCGCUAUCUGUAUUAUUUGGGAAGGAUCCGGACGAUACAGUUGGAGUAUACCGAUGCUAAGGAGAGUCUUUUACAAGCUGCCCGCAAAGCCCCGGUUGCAGCCCGUGGUUUUCGUAUCCAGUGCAACAAAUGGGCGGCCAUUGUUCGUCUCUUACUUGGGGAGAUCCCAGAGAGGACUGUCUUCAUGCAAAAUGGGAUGAAGAAAGCUUUGAGACCCUACUUUGAGUUGACCAAUGCGGUGCGCAUUGGAGACUUGGAGCUAUUCCGAAGUGUUGCAGACAAAUACUCAGCCACAUUCAGCAAGGACCGCACCCACAAUCUCAUUGUGCGCCUUAGACACAACGUCAUAAGAACUGGCCUUCGGAACAUCAGUAUCUCAUAUUCGCGCAUCUCUCUUGCGGAUGUGGCUUCAAAGCUCAGGCUCGACUCAGUUGCUGAUGCUGAGAGCAUUGUGGCCAAGGCCAUUAGGGAUGGGGCAAUUGAUGCCACUAUUGACCAUGCAAAAGGAUGGGUGCUCUCAAAGGAGACAGGGGACAUAUACUCGACCAAUGAGCCUCAAGCUGCUUUCAAUUCGAGAAUUGCCUUUUGCCUAAACAUGCAUAACGAGGCAGUGAGAGCCCUUCGGUUCCCACCCAACUCGCACAAGGAGAAGGAGAGCGCUGAGAAGAGACGUGAGCGCCAGCAACAGGAACAGGAGCUUGCCAAGCAUAUUGCUGAGGAGGACGACGAUGAGUUUUGAGUAUCCGGUACUUUGUUUUCCUCGUCCCUUUUUGUUUCAACCACUUUUAUGGUUCUAGUGAAUCUUGAAUUGGGUUGUCUCGUUUCUUAAGAUAUUUUUACCUGUAAUGCUACCAUGCAAACUAGUGGACCAUUUCUUUCAGUGUAUUUUACUUGAGCUAGUUUGUGGGGAGUCAUCUUGAUCACUGCUCUCUUGUGAGAAGUGGGUUCAAUUAUUUCCCUGCCAGUUAUAAUUUCAGGACUCUUUCUUUUUUUCCGUACGAAGGCCAAUCUUUAUACAGAUUAUGUGCUUCUUGGUGCUGCAUACGUGCAUAUUUGAUGUAGUGGUGGAGUUGGCAUA